UGAUGUCAACUUUGUGUUUUCAAUUUUGUAUUGAUUGAAUUUCAAGGAAUUUAAUUGAAAAAUGUCGCGAAAUGUGAUGCUGACGGAUGAACAGAGCAAAUUGAAUGCCCGCCUGGAGGCGCACAUGGUGUACAUAUGCCCCGAGUGCGGAAAAGCCUUCCGGACACAGGCCGAGUGGCGUCAGCAUUUGAAUACAAAACAUGACUAUCUGAAGAAGACCUAUACGGACUUUAACUUUAUACAAAUCGAUGAGCGCUACCAUGAGUGCCAGAUCUGCUUCAAGUGGGUGGAGAAUGCCCACAAGACAAUCGCCCUGCUGCAGUACCAUUAUUUCAUGCACUUGGAGCACAGCGAGACAUAUCGCUGUGUGCACUGCCGCAUGGCAUACACCCGGAGACGGGCCCUCAAUGGCCACUUGCUGGACACGCACAUGCGCGAGAUUGAGAAGUACGAGACGAAGCUGCGACAAAUGAAGAGAACUCAGAACCACAAGGCGACGGCGACGGCGUUACAGCCAGCGUCCGGCCGAGUGACACCGAAACGUCGCGGCCGUCCGCCAGGCACGGGUCGCAAGCGCAACGAUCUGCUGCAAAAGGCCCUAAUGGACAUUGAUCUGCAGGCAGAGGAGGAGAAAUCCUCCCAGCCCAAGCCGAAUGUUAGCGAGGUGAACCUCGACAGAUGCCUGACGGCGUACGAGGAUAUUGUGCGCAAGGAGGAGGAACAGAAGCCCAAGUAUGAGGCCGAUUUGGAUGCACUUUGCCAGGAGUUUUUCGAUGAUCCCGAAGCCGCUCAAGCCGAAGAGAAAGAUGAGGAGAACCAAGAGAUGGUCAUCAUUGAGAUCGAUGCUCUGGGCAAGGAUGAGGUGGCGCAGCUAAAGAAGGAAAUGCACACAGACCCGGAAACUUCAUUCGGUGCAAGCAACGUCAAACGGCGACGAAUGUCCACCAGCCCCACCAGGGAUUCCGAUACGGAGAUCUCCACCAAUGGCCUGAUGAAACUCUUGUCCUUUUUGUGUCCCAAGUGCGGCAAAGAGGUCCAUUCCAUGGAUGUGUGGCGCGAGCAUGUGUUCGAGAAGCACGACUUUGAGCACUUCAUUGAGAAUAGCUUCAAGAUCCUGGAGCCUGGACGCAAAAGCAAGUGCCUGCAGUGCCACGAGAUCCAGCCCAGCACCAAGAGAUCCGAGCUGCAGAAGCAUUUCUUCAAGCAUAUGCCCUACCGCUCGUACCUAAAGUGCACCAUUUGCCAUCGCACGAAGACAAGUAUGUCCAAAAUGUUCAAUCACAUACGCUACAAUCACCACGCGGAGCUGCAGCGCAAGAACAAGACGCAGCUGCUCAUCAAGAAAGAGCCCAAAAGUCAAAGCCCCAGCCACAAUCGUUAUUCGGUCAAGAGAGAUAAGCAAGAAGACGAAGAAGCCUCCGACGAUGGCGAGGCUCUCCACUGCGAUCACUGCCAGAAGUCAUACAAGAGCCAAAGGCGCUACCAGCGCCAUCUGGCCAUGUGCACCAGAGGCGGAAGUGUCACAAUGCGCUCUGCCACACCCAUACAAGCGGGCGUCGAUGCCCUAAUGAAUCAUUUGCGUGAGGGACGAAUGCGCAUGCAUGACAUAUGGAAAACGAUGCAGUUGCAAAAGUUGUAGAAAAUAUAAUAAUAAUUCCAAGAAAAUAAUAAUUU